AUCUGCAUAAUAAUGAAAAUUAAACCACAAAAGUCAGGGGGAAAAGGGGGUACAAAAUCAAAGAUAAACAAGAUCCAUCAAAGUGAUUACAUUGCCUGACGAUUGAGAAACCAAAUAGAAUUUUUUAGGGAAAUUGAAGAUUUUAAAGCAAUACCUUUUGUUUCAGAGGAAAGUUGAGUUAUGGGAAAUAACUCACAAGUUUUUAGGGCUAUAUAUAAGAGUAAAACUUGUGUCAAUUGGAGGUUAUGGUCUUUACUUUCUCUCUCUUUCUUCUUUGACUCUUCCUUCUACUUUCUCUCUCUUCCUCUUUCUCCUUCUCUUCCUGGUAUAUCUUUUCUUAUAGGAGUAUAUGUUCAAUCUUCAACGAAACAGAAAACUUGUGAAGUUGGUUUGGUGAGAAUCACUCAAGGUUCAAUUGGCAUAUAGAAUGAUUGGGGAUGCAAACUUUUUUAGUUGUUUCGUGGAGGAGCUAUCGUUUUUUCUGCUCUUCCACUUUUGGUCGAUUGAAGGAAUCGAAAUCCAUCCCUACUCAAUCAUUAGAAAUCGGGAAUGUCCUCCUUGCAGCACAUAUCACUAAAGCUUUGUCUCAAUCUGGAACGCAAAGUCUUGACGCUGACUUCAUACCUGUUUCUGAGAGUCUUGUUCUCCAUGUCCUUAGAAAAAACUCCCUUGACCCAGCAAAAAAGAUUGAUUUCUUCAACUGGUGCACUGAAAAAAAAGAUGGGGAAAAUAAUACGGGUGCAGAAGGUAGCAAAGAAUGGUUCCAAGUAUGAAGCUGCACGUUUGGUUUUGUCCAAGCAUGAGUGUACUUUAUGGAAAGAUGCUGAACCUAUUGUUUCGUCACCAAACAAGGAGAUUGCUGGUCAGCUGUAUGUGCAGUGUGUGAUGAUCCCAUUGUUAGGAUCUGAAUUUGUUGAUCCUGGGGUUAGAGUUCUUGUAUCAAGGGAAUUUUUGGAAUCAGUUGAAAGAAAUGUUCUCUCCCAGCGCCCUGGCUGGAGAGUUAAUGCAGCUAAAGUUGAUUGUUUUGCUGAUUCUGUGCUGUUUAUGUCCGAUCAUUCAAUAUUUCCCAGUAGCACAUCUAAAGGAGCACCAUGCAUAACUGUGGAAAUUAAGCCUAAGUGUGGAUUUACUCCAUCGUCAAGCUAUAUAGCUGAUAGAAAUGCAAUCAAGAAGAACGUGACUCGUUUUAGAAUGCAUCAAGUCCUCAAACUGCAACAACACCAAAUACAGCAGUUGAGCGAAUAUGAUCCAUUGGAUUUGUUCUCCGGAUCAAGGGAACGAAUACACAAAGCUAUCAAGGCUCUUUUUGCAAAUCCACAGAAUAAUCUGCGUGUUUUUUUAAAUGGUUCCCUUAUAUAUGGGGGUUUAGGAGGGGGAAACAACGGGACAAAUUUCGCCAAAGCUGAAGCAUUUGACGAUUACCUUUACUCUUUCAUUCACGACAAAAAUGAUUCGCGUACAAGCAGUUUUGUGUAUCUUAUAGGAGAGGCCAUAAUUAAAUUAGGCGUACUUGAUAGGCUAUUAGACGUCCAAAAGCUCGACAGAUUAGAUGUGGAAGGGGCAAUUCAUGCUUAUUAUGAUAUUGUUUCCCAGCCCUGCAAAAUAUGUACAAAAUCCAGUGAAUACCGGCAAUUAGGCAAAUAUAACUCUCUUCAUUCUAUUCCUUUAGAAGAAAGUGUGAAUAUUGUAAGAGACUACUUGAUAGCUGCUACAGCCAAGGACUGUAGCCUAAUGAUCAGUUUCCGGCCAAGGGAAGACGAUGAUCCUGAAUCCCAUUAUAGAAGCAUAUACCUAGACUCGAGAAAGCAACGAUUCGAUGUCAAGGCAUCUUUCAUUGAUCUUGAUAUGAAACCCUUAAACAAAAUGGAAUUUUAUUAUGAGCUGGAUCAGAAGAUAGUAGACUGCUACAAGCAGAUGGCCAAAGUAGAGCUUGUCGCUGCAAAAAAGGCGACAAUUCAAGGGUAUGAAACUGGAUAUUGAGAUAACCACUUGAACACUUUUGCUUGGUAGGGUCUGUGGAGGAUUGCACAAUUUUGCCUCCUAAGCCUGAAAAUGUUGUUACUUGAAGCUGCUGCAUCGUUGUUCAAUGUUUAAGAAAGUGUUAAUCUUAGGUAUGCUCGUAAUCAUAGUUUAGAUUAUGCUUUUUAUGAUGCUGCUCGUGCGUAUGUAUAUGUGCUACCUGUGAGUUAAUUGUCAUUCAUGGUAGCUCAACGACACUUGAGCCGAUGUUGCUGUAUUUUAUGUACAUUUCUGUAUAACAUGUAACAUGUACUCUUCGAUACCCUCUUUAGUUUCAUCUGCUUAACUUCGGUGCUAGUGUCCGUGAUUACAUCUAUGUUUGACCCAAAAAUUUCUGUGGCUUGUGAUUACAUGAUUUUUUAUCCUCCUAUGUUGGUUUAUCAUGCUUCGAUGUGGCAAACGAACAUUUACCGAUGUUUUCAUCCGACUGAUGUGGGGAUGCAUUUGUCAAGUAUGUUUUGUUAUUUGAAAUCUAAGUAAUGUUAUUGGUAGUUUUUCAAUGCUUUCUUUUUUGGAAUUUUGUUAACAUAUUGAAAUUGACCUUGAUACACUGAGAUUUAGUGGAUACUUGAUGAUUAACAUCUCAGCAGUGCAAACCAACCUUUCUUUUUAUAGCAAGUAAUAAACUUAGCCUGCUUUCUAAUGUACAAUUAGAGAGUUGGACAGCUUUCACUAAAGAAGCUUUAUUAGUGUACGGCAAGUAAGCAUGCAUGCUUCUUAGUUUUUAGUUUCUUAGUUCCUAUGUUUAGGAAGUAGGGAGUAGUAAUGCGGAAUGUAUGACCUAUGUUACCUUGACGUAGAUUUAAGUGUCGGUAAUUGACAUUUGCUCGAGAACUGAACUCGUUUAGGGGAAUUGUUUGAAAUUUGGACAUGGACACGAAUACGAUUAAAUUUCAAUUAUAUUAUUUUAUUAAGGUAGACAUGUUCGAGUAUAAAGGUUCUAAUCGCUUGUUUUGUAUCCUUAUUGUGUCCCCUCAAUGUGAGCACAACUACAAUAUAUCAGUUAGAAGUUUGAUGUGAAGAUACAAUGAUGUAAUUAUAAAAUUUUGCAUCACUUUGCUGCCCUUGAGUGGUUCCACUUAGGCGGGAUUUGCAAGGACUGGAUGUACGUAAUCUUACUCUUAUCGGUGAUAAAGUUGUUUCACAUAAAUAAAAAUGCACAUGAUUUGAUAAGUCAUUUUAGGGUCAAUUUGAUGGUUGCUGGUU